AUGCCAAUGACCAAAGUAAAUCCCUUGAUCAGCCUUUGCCCAUCGGAAAACCAGCGCAAUCGCUUCUCUUCAGAAGAUAGUGGCGAAGUCUCUGAGGCGUCUUCCUCUAAUCCCAUGUUAGCUCACUGUCCUUCUAUCGGUUCUACCGAUGGAACUGCUGAGGAGCUUCGCAGGAAAGUACAUCGUAUUCAGAAUAGACUGGCUCAUGGUCUGACUGCCUUUCUUUCCUCGUCUGCUGGCGGCCCCCACCUUAUACGACGGCUCUUGGCGGCUGACAUCAAGCGCUUAUAUCGAGUGCCCAUUAUGACAGGCGAUACCAACAAUACAAUCCUUACUUCCGAUCCUGUGAGCAAUGUCAUCCAGUUUACUGCCGAAACAGGAGCUGUUCCCAAGGAGUUUGCACCAAGGGUCAAUAAAAUAAAAGGUGGAUAUCGUGUUACCCGAUAUCUCACAAUUGAUUCGAAGUCUGCUGAACCAGAACCUGCUGAAUCAUUGGGAAAGCUAAGUGACUUUCUUCCUGUCGAUGGAGCACCAAUAGAGUGUCUAAAGAAAUCGGCCGAAUAUGCAUCUGGCAGCACCACCUCGAAUUUGCCCUUCUCUGCUCACUUCUCUUCUUCAUCUACUCCCGAUCCUUGUUCUCAGGAUGCCUCAAACGACUUUGUAUCCAUCUGUUUAUCCAGUUUUAAUCUGGCAUCUCGCCUCCUCCGACAAGUUAACGUCGCUUUAGCCUUUGCUCGCUUCGAAACUUCCUCCCUAAACACCACCGAAACUGCAAAGAUAGAUUCGAAUUCAUCGGAAGAUAGGCUGGGAGCUUCACAGAGCAGCCCGAAAGAGAAUGAAUGUAAUUCAGAGUUACUAAAGGAGCCAGUAUCUCAUGGCUUAUUUUGUGAUCUCUGUGGUCAGCACCUAGCU